AUGGGUACAUCCAUUGCUGCCUAUCAGUUGCCAUUAGAUGACCUUGUUAGUGUGGAUCAUGUUCAUUUGACAAAGGAGAUAGAAGCUGAAAAAAACAUAGACAUACCGCCGGAAGAUCUAUUGAUGUCUUUGAGACUAAAUGCCCAGCAAAAGUAUGCUUAUGACACCAUCUUACAGGCAUGCUUUGCUUCCCAAGGGCAUUCAUUUUUUAUUGAUGGUCCUGGUGGUAUCGGCAAAACCUUUUUAUACCGGUCGCUGCUUGCUACUUUGAGGUCACAAGGUUAUAUAGCCAUUGCAGUAGCAACCUCUGGAAUUGCAGCGUCUAUCCUGCCUGGAGGAAGAACUGAACACUCAAGGUUCAAGAUACCUCUUGACUUCUCAAAGAACAGAACCUGCCAGCUUAGCAAACAAGGCAGUGUUGCAAGGUUGCUCUCGGAGUCAAAACUGAUCUUGUGGGAUGAGGCUUCCAUGGCAAAACGAGAAACUAUUGAGGCAUUUGAUGAUUUGCUUAGAGAUGUCAUGGAAUCUGAACUGCCUUUUGGGGGUAAGGUUGUUGUGUUUGGUGGGGAUUUUCGCCAGACGCUGCCUGUUAUUAAGCAAGCAACAAAGGAAAUCCUUUUGCAGUCGUGUUUUCUCAAUUCUCCAUUGUGGUAUAAACUUCAUAAACUGAAGUUGACAGAAAACAUGCGAGCUAUAUUAGAUCCUCAGUUCUCCGAAUUCUUGUUAAGAGUUGGCGAAGGGCGUGAACUUGUGGACUUCAACGGUGAAAUAACUUUGCCUAGAGAUUUAGUCAUUCCUUAUUACGAUAAAGAAGAGUCCUUAAACAGGUUACUACAAUCCAUAUUCCCAGAUUUAACUCUCUAUUCCCUGGAUCCAUAUAGGAUGAUUAACAGGUGUAUUCUUACCCCUAAAAAUAGCUCGGUUGAUGAGCUAAAUGAUAUACUAAUUAAAAGGUUCCCUGGAGAGCUUCACACUUUCAUUAGCUCUGACAAAACUGUUGACCAGCGGCACCAGGGGGAUUAUGAAGAUUUUCUUAAUUCUCAGAAUCCAAAAGGCCUUCCUCCUCACAGGUUAAUGUUAAAAGAAAUUGACCGAUCAUACUAA